AUGGCUUGGGUUUACACCGGUACCGAUCUGAGCUAUCUCUGUUGCUGCAAUCAAAGGCAUCUUCUAGCUGUGAUAUUCAUCUUCACCAUCGUCAUGGGCGCACCACACACGGAUUUCACCUCUUCGCAGCGGCAAACUUUGGUGCAAGAUACCGAAGGCAGCAGCAACAGCAACCAUCGUCAUCAUCAACAGCACCAUCACCACCACCAACAAUACCAUCACCAACAGCAUCACCAUCAUCAGCACCAUGAACAUCCGGGCUCAUCGGCAGCACCGUCGGUGUCGCCAUUUCCGGCCGCGAUGUAUUUUGCCACCCAAAACAACACAAAAGUCACCGCACAACGAGGCGGCACGGCCCUGCUACCGUGCACCGUCAUCAGCCAAUCUUCCGCCCUGGUAUCAUGGAUCCGCCGGCAGGACUACCAGCUACUAACGGUCGGUCUCUCGACGUACAGCAGCGACGAGCGGUUUCUGGUCGAGCAUUUGCGCCACUUGGGCCACUGGGCACUGCGGAUCAAGUCGGUGCGCACCGAGGACGAGGGCCUGUACGAGUGCCAGCUGUCCGUUCAUCCCGUACAAUCGGUGUUUGUCGAGCUUAAAGUCGUUGAGGCAACAGCAGAAAUAGUCGGAGCCCCCGAUCUGCACAUUGAUGAGGGAUCUACCUUACGGCUAGAGUGCAAAUUACAGCGUGCUACCGAGAAUCCCACGUUCGUGUUCUGGUACCACGAGCAGAAUAUGGUAAACUUUGAUCAGCUGAACGGAUUUUCCGUCACACCGUUCCAACCGCCGGCCACCGCUGGGCAUCCGGCGCACCUUCAUCCCUACCUGCUGCCACAUCCGCUCCAGGAGCACGAGCACGAUUUGCCACUGUCGUCCGAGGAGCAGGGAUUCAAUCUGCUAGACGACGAUGGACUACUCCAGCGUUCGCUGCAGCUAGGACAGGAUUCGUCCGAACCCUUCCUACCGCCGUCCGCUUCCUCCUCGCUGCUGCUAGCGUCGUUGGCGGCAGCGGCAGCCCUCUCUUCCGCGCCCCACCACCCACAACACCUAGAUCGGGCGGAUCUAUCGCUGGAACGGCAGGACGACCCGUCCGGUACGGCAUCGUCCGAUGCGCUGGAUCUACCCGGCGUACGCCAACAUCCGCAUCUGCACCAUCAGCACCAUCACCCGUACCACAGUCAGCAUCAUCUCGCGAUGAAUUACAGCGACCCAAUGCCGUACUCGCACAUCCUGACGCCGGCACCGAGCGUGCUAACGAUCAAGGAGGUCCACUUACGGCACGCCGGUAAUUACACGUGCGCACCAUCGAAUGCCCGCCCGGCCAGCAUCACCGUACACGUGCUGCAAGGUGAGAAGCCAGCAGCGAUGCAACACGCCAACCGCAGCCAGCUGGACGACGGUGGCAAACCGUCCCGAAGCGGAAGUCACCCACAGCGGUCCACUGCCACGCUGUCGACGAUGCUGGUGCUACUGCCGCAGAUGGUGAUGAUGCUGCUGACGGUGGUGAUGCUGCCCGGUUCGGUGGCGCACCAUCGGUGA